AUGACAACGACUUGCCGAAUAGGCCAUAACAAAUUAAAUCAUCAUAAUGGACUUACGAAAUGUCUCCAAAUGGCUGGAAAGCUUCUUUCAACGUUUGUGUUUCGAUUUCAGGCGAUAGAUCGCCAACAAAUAUGUGAUAGUGUUCUGCCAAGAAAGAAAGAGAAGAAUAAGAAUUAUCGUUUGAAAAUUACAAGUUUUUUUAUGACUAAGUUUGCAGUAGCAGAAGCUUAA